AUGAUGUUCACACCCACUACAAACACACCCGCCGUUUCAUCCCCCUUCUCCGCACCCCCCCCGUCACGCUCCUUGCCCUCCCACCCCCCUCCAUCUCACCCUCCCCCAUCGCUUCCCCACCCUCUAUCCCACCCGCCUCUGUCACAACUACAGUCACACCCGCCACAGUCACACGCACCUCUAUCGCGCCCCACUCACCCCCCGCCCGGGUACAGACCUCCCCCGCAAGGCCCCCCUGGCACUGCCAAGCCCGCAGGCGGGGCAACCGGGGGAGCAGCUGGGGGGGCAGGAGGGCGGCUGCCAGGCGGGGUGAUAGGAGUGGGGGUGAGUGCAGCAGCGGGAGGGGCGUUAAUGUCAGAGGCAAGGCUCAUGGCGGGCGAUAGUGGACAAGGUGGUGGAGGGAGUCAUGCUGGCGGGCUGGGCAUGCCCGCUCCACUCUCCUCUCGCCGCAUCGCAUAUGUAAUCUUGUUUUUAUGCAUUGUUGUUGUCACCAACCCAAGGCAAGGGUCGUGGCGGGCCAUAGUGGACAAGGUGGUGGAGGGUUACAAGCUGGCGGGCUGGCUCAUACUGACUCUCCCCUCUGUGUUUUCCAUGCUGCAACAACCAGCGGCAGGGCUCAUGGAGGGCAUAGUGGACAAGCGGCAGGGCUCAUGGAGAGCAAUAGUGGACAAGGUGGUGGAGGGAUACAAGCUGGCGGGGCUGGCGCAGCAGCUGGCGUUACGCGGUUACCACGUGCUGGCGCUGAUGAAGCUGCGCAUGUAUGGGGCAGCGGCAGAGGAGCUCACACUGCACUGGCUGGCAGCAGAGCCCGCCCAUGCUCCCAUCCCUGCUCCCUGCUCCCAUCCCUGCUCCCUGCUCCCAUCCCUGCUCCCUGCUCCCAUCCCUGCUCCCUGCUCCCAUCCCUGCUCCCUGCUCCCAUCCCUGCUCCCUGCUCCCAUCCCUGCUCCCUGCUCCCAUCCCUCCCCGCAUUGCCUCCCCACGUUUCCAUUCCAGGCUCCAUGCUGCCCUUUGCGCUGCGCUGGCUGGCAGCAGAGCUGCCUCACUGCAUGGGCAACCCGGCCCUCACAUUGGAGCGAUCAUGCGCCCUGCAGGCAUACUGCACAGCUAAGCAACCCGACCGCAUGGGCAAUCCAGCUCUCUGAAGCGACUAUGCGCUCUGCAGGGAUACUGCAUAGCACAGCUAAGUGCCUCCUGCGCUACGAGCCAAGCAACGCCGCCCUGCUCUCGCGGUACGGCCUCGUUCGGCUGCAGCUGGGGGACGUGGAGGGCGCGAGCGCCGCGUUUGGAUUGGUGAAGACGAUGGUGGUGCAUCGCGAGGUGGAGAUGGAGAGUGAAGGGGGGAGUGGGGGAGGAGGAGGGGAGGGGGCAGGGGAGGGGGAGGGAGGAGGGGAAGCAACAGGAGAUGCGAGUAACACAGCAGGAGCUGGAGCAGGAGGGGCAGGAGCAGGAGCAACAGGAGCAGGAGGAGGGAGCGAAGGUGGUGUGGGGGCAGGGCGGGUGACAGCAGCAAAUGUGGGGGAGAUGAAGAGGCUGGUGCGGCUGAACAAGGCUCUCGUGCACUUUGCUCGCAAGGAGCAUGGGCAGGCGCUGCAGCUGUUCACUGCGGUGACUAAAGAGGAUCCCACCAACUCCGUUGCUCCGAAUAUCACGGUGAGACAAUGUGGUAACCCUGUUACAUGGCGAGAGAGCCAGGGAUUCAGUCAUUUCAGAAGGCACUUUGCUCGCGAGGAUCCCACCACGCUGGCGGCAUCUGACACGCUCAACGCCAAGAGCACGCUCAGCAACUGGCUAACCCGCCUCGCUCCUGACGACUUUGACUUUGCCUGCACUCGGCUGUGGCGGACUUUCAAGGCAUCUCAAACUCACAAAGCACGCAGCAACUGGCUCACGCGACUUGCUCCUGACGACCUUGAUUUCGCCUGA